AUGAUGUCUUCGUACCCGGGUUCUGACCGUAUGCAGCGUGAGAGAUCUCGUUCGCCCCGUCGUCGAUCUUCUCGCAGCCCCCGACGCUCCCGUCGCUCGUACUCCCCGCGCAGUCGCUCUCGCAGCCGGGGUCGUGACGAUUAUCGUCGCUCCGAGCGCCGCUCUCGAUCGCCUCUGAGUGCAGCUGGCAAUCCUGGACCGUCUGACUCCUACGGUGGCCGCAGUGGUUACGCGCCGAAGUCUUUUGAAAAUCGUUCGCACAACAAAGAAAACAUGAUGCAAUCCGUCCGUGACUCGUCCCAGCAAGACCGCCGGGUCUAUGUGGGCAAUCUUUCAUACGAUGUCAAGUGGCAUCACCUCAAGGAUUUUAUGAGACAGGCUGGAGAGGUUCUCUUUGCCGAUGUUUUGCUUCUUCCGAAUGGAAUGUCGAAGGUAAACGCCAAAGUGAUUGUGGAAUACGCUACGAGGGAGCAAGCACAAAACGCCGUCAACACUCUCAGCAACCAGAAUCUGAUGGGCCGUCUCGUUUACGUUCGUGAGGACCGUGAGGCCGAGCCUCGAUUCAUCGGCGGUCCCCCCCGCGGUGACUUUGGUGGAGGCCGUGGUGGUUUCGGUGGAGGUGGCUUUGGCGGCCCUCCCGUUGCCCGUCAUUCCGUCUACGUUGCUAACCUUCCUUUUGAGACUGCUUGGCAAGAGGUGAAGGACCUUUUCCGCGAUGCCAUUACUCCAGGCGUUGGACCCGGACGUGAUCUGCACGUCGAUCUUCACCACGACCACGGUCGAUUCAAGGGAUCCGGUGUUGUCCACUUCGACAACGAGGCGGAUGCUCAGAACGCUAUCGCCAUGUUCAACGGCCGAGACUGGCACAACCGUGUGCUUGAAGUUCGCCCGGAUCGUUAUGCUGGAGCUUCCCGUGGUGGCUUCGGAGGCGGCCGCGGUGGUUUUGGUGGACGAGGUGGCUUUGGAGCUCGCGGUGGCUUUGGCGGUGGCUUCGGAGGCGGUCGUGGUGGCUUCGCUGGCCGUGGUGGCUUUGGCGGUGCGUUCCGUGGCGGGUACGGAGGACCCCCAGGCUACGGCGGAGGUUUCCAGCCUGCUGGGCCCUCCACUCCUGGAAACGAGUUCACUGACGGAGUCACUGGCGGUGGUGACCGGAACACGGAUAUCUACGUGACUAACCUGCCAUGGGUAACCGAAAAUGGCGACCUGACCGAGCUCUUCAAAACAGUCGCUGAGGUGGAGCAUGCCGAAAUCCAGUACCUGCCCGAUGGCCGCUCCAACGGUACUGGUGUUGUCCGUUUCCAAAACGAGGAAAUGGCUGAGAAAGCAAUUGAUACUUUUACUGGUUACCUUUAUGGCCAGCGCCCGCUGGGAAUUACUUUCGCUCGUCGCCACCCUCGCAUCAAACAGGAUGGCCAUGAGAAUUCUGGUGAUAUGAUGGGCGGAAUGGAGCCUAUGCCCCAGGAUCAGAUGAUGGAGCCGACGGGUAUCACCCAGGAUCAAAUCAUGUAA